GCAAAGCUCUCGCAACCGCCGUCUUGCAUAUCUCGAAACUCUCGGACAACUCUACAUUUGGAUAAUGCCAUGGGUCUGACAAGUACACUAUCUCAUCACACACGAGCAUGUCUUUGUCGUGUCCUUAGCGAGCCGACUUAUAUGACAUGCUCUGUGCUGCGCUCGUUUGUUAUCUGCGCUCGUUUGUUAUCUGCGGUUCAGGAAGCCUUGCGAGCAGAUAUGCAAAGGUGGGUAAUCGACGUGCUGUGAUAUGUUCAAAGAAGGUGCCGCCAUCGUUUUUGCAAGUGCAAGCGCGCUCCUGCCAUGGGUGUGGCUUGAAUAUCAUGAGGUUGGCUGUUGUUACAAGUCGCGGGCAGGGCAAGGCUGGGAAGUUACGUUCAAUGGGUGAGUCCCUGCAUGCAAACGUUCCAUACGCUCACCAAUCGACCAUCGACUCAUUUACAAGCGCAGUAUCUACACUUGAUCUCAAGCGGCUACUCAGUCCAAAAUUUCCCUGGCGAACUGAGCUUCGUCUCGCUAAGUAUUGAUUCACACAUCGGCUAAUGGUGUCUCACAGGCAGAUAUUAAUGUUCACUGAUCAAGCUUGAUCACCCUGCCGUGUUUUACCUUGGUCCAGCCUCAUGAUGCCAUUUAUCUCGGCCAUGACCAACUAUUGCUUGGGAUCUUAGAUUGUCAUCUGCUCGCAAUCCCUUCCAGCAUACACUACACCUUUCUCACUUGCGUGAGAAGAU